AUGUUGGACAGAAGCACUGGUUGGCCUGAAGCGUAUCCUUUAAAGGACAUAACAGCAGAAAGUGUAGCCGAAGUCGUUUAUUAUGGCUGGAUUACUAGAUUCGGUUGUCCAUUGAGAAUAACGACAGAUCAAGGACGUCAAUUUGAGUCGAACUUAUUUAACCAACUAGCCAGAAGAAUGGGAAUAACAAGAAUAAGAACUGCAGCAUACCAUCCACAGGCAAACGGUGCAGUUGAAAGGUGGCAUCGUUCUCUUAAAACUUCUCUUAUAUGCAGAGGUAACACAGAUAAUUGGGUUAAAGAGCUACCUAGCGUAUUACUAGGAUUAAGAGCAAGUUACAGGGAUGAUACUCAGAUAAGUGCAGCUGAGUUGGUGUAUGGUGAAUCUUUAAGACUUCCUGGUGAUUUUUUUGAGCUGAAAAAGCCAGAAAUCUCAAGUGAAGAAACAUUUUUACAAGCGUUAAGGCAGAAAAUAAGGCAUAUAGCAGCAAUACCAAGGCGCCAAUUACGUCAAAACAAAAUUUUUGUACACCCGGAACUUGAAAAAUGUUCACAUGUAUUUGUUCGUUGCGACCGAGUGUCAAGACCGCUUACUCCUCUGUAUUCUGGUCCAUACAAAAUUUUAAGUCGAACAAAUAAAUAUUUUAAAAUUCAAGAGGGAGAUACGCAGAAAAUUAUUAGUAUAGAUAGACUCAAGCCCGCGUUCACGUUACACUCUGAUGACAUAGUAAUAUCGCCCAGUAUAGAGCCAUGUAACAUUAACAAGGAACCCAUGGUAACCAGAUCAGGACGCAUCAGCAAACCUACAGUAAGAUUCACUCCCUAG